UUUCCAUAAACCGCCGACAAUGUCCUCUCGGUCUAACUUGAAACGCUCAUCAUUUCAAGCGUCUCAUAAUCGCGUUUUUGAUAUACUAAACCACCAACAACAAAAUAUGAAACCGAAAAGCAUACUUGUAUCACCAGUCAGCUCAAACAAAACUAAUUCCAAGCUGCAACCACGCAAAGCUUCACGCCUCCGCCAAUUGGCCAGCUUCUCGCCAGUACGUCAUUGGUUAGUGGAAAAUAUGCGCAAUUAUUGUAAUAGCACAUCGCUGCACGGCUUCAAUUACAUCACUUUGAAAGGCUCCACGGCGAAUGAGCGACAUUUCUGGAUUGCCGUCGUUAUCAUAUCGAUUAUAAUCUCAAUUGUUUUGGUGAUUGUUUCGUGGUUUUGGAAUCGUGAAACACCCACAGUGACCGUGAUUGAGAGCGCACAUUUUCCCACAUGGAAUAUACCGUUUCCAGCGGUCACAAUUUGCAAUUUCAAUAAGAUUUCGAAAAUGAAGGCGCUGAAGUUGGCGAGAACACUUAAACGGCCACCAAACGUUUCUGAGGAGAAACUAUUAAAUCUGUUUCGCAUAACAAUGUUCUUCAAUUUCGCCUUAAAUCACACCGAAGAAGAUUUUCACAUCUUCGGUAAUAUACUCCGUGAUAACAACUUUACAAUAGCCAAAUUAACGCAAGAACUUACACCUAGCUGCAUGGAUAUGAUUUCGAAAUGCGUUUGGAAAGGCGAUAGCUUGCGUUGUGACAGUCUAUUUCAGCCAGUACAAGCGCUCGAAGAAGUCUGCUGCUCUUUUAACUAUUAUGGACGCACAACAAAUAAUUUUCCAAAAAAAAUCGCAUAUCAAGUGCCGAAGCAACCGUAUCGCGUUACCGGCUGUGGUCAUUCCACUGGCAUCUCUGUGAUACUCAAUCCCAUAACCGAUGACUACUUCGGCACUUAUCUGAGCAGUUAUGGGUUUCGUCUAUUUAUACAUGAUGCUUAUAAUUUCCCCGAUGAAAAUGCCGAAACGAAAGUAAUCACUUCCGGUCGCGAGAGUUUCGUGCGCAUAAAUCCCGAAUCGACAUAUGCGACAAAUGUGGUUAGGAAUAUGAAUGUAGAGUUGCGUAACUGUUUAUUUUACAAUGAGCGAGCCUUGCCAACAAUGCAACGCUACUCGUUUGUCAAUUGCAUGGCUGAGUGUCGUACAAGAUAUCUGCACAAACUUUGUGGCUGCGUUCCGAUGAGCUUGCCAAACAAUGGCAGUUUCCGAAUUUGUGGUUUGAGUGAGAUAUAUUGUAUAUUAAAUACACGAGAGAUCUUCGCGUUGGCAUUGCCAACAAAAAAUACGACGCUAUCGGUGGUGCAAACUACGGAUAAAUUUCCCUGCGACUGUUUACCCACUUGCGAAUUUAACAGUUAUCCGUCCGAAAUAACUAUGGGACAAUUGGAUAUGAAAUUAGUUACCACGAUCAAUAAUAUAAACAAAACGGUGGAUACCAAUGAACAAAUUCUGCUACAUGUUUUCUUCAGCGAUUUAAUGGCCAAGCGUUAUCGCAAGGAUAUUUUUCAAGAUUGGUUAUCAUCAUUAGCAUCUUUCGGCGGUCUUUUGGGCUUAAUAAUGGGUUUUAGCAUAGUGACAGCUUUCGAGUUCAUUUACUUUCUUACAUUUCGACCGAUUUUUAAUUACUUCAAUGAUGUUUAGUAAUAUGCACCUCGCUUUAUUUUGCUCAGCUUUGUUUGUGAAAUUGAAUGUAA